GGGUGGACUCCACUCAUGGAGGCAGCCAUGGGAGGGCACACUGACUGUGUUAUACAGCUACUCUCCUCAGGAGCAGUGGUGGACCUGGCUAACAAGAAUGGGCGGACUCCACUCAUGGCGGCAGCCAGUGAAGGUCACACAGACAGUGUUAAAGAGCUGCUCUCCUCAGGAGCCGUGGUGGACCUGGCUAACAAGGAUGGGGACACUCCACUCAUGGAGGCAGCCCACUAUGGAGAGGAAGAUGCUGUAAAGGAGCUUCUCUCAGCAGGGGCUUCCCCUCUCUGCACUAAUAAUGAUGGAUAUACUGCUCUGACGAUGGCCAAGGAAUCAUUUUCCUCUAACCCUUCAGUAAUAAAGCUGCUGGAGGAAGCUACUGAAUCACAUGACCCUGAUACAGUCAGAGAAGAGGUGCCUUCUAAAUUAGGACCAUCCGCUAAACGAGUCACUCUUCAAGAACUAGUAGAGCAAUACAAUCUGACUGACGAGCAACUCAACAGUGAAAUAGAUGACCCUGAUACUCCCGAAUUGGCCUUAUGUUUUGAUGAUGUGGAACUUUAUUCGAGUGCAAUGGGGCUAGCUAUUGCUGAACAAGCCGAUGUGAACCAACCACGUGGAACUCAAGCAGCCAUGAUGAAGUGCUUGCAAAUCUGGAAACAACAUAAUCCUUCACAAGCAACUUACAGAGCUCUACUGGAUAUCGCACUGAGAUUGGGGAAAGGAGACACAGCUCAUCAAAUCUGUCAGCAAUUGACCCAACAUAUUCAAAACCGAACCUACUUAAAAAAACUGGAUGAGAUGAUGGCCGACACAAGUGGCACUAUAGAGCUACAUUAUCUCAAGACGUACUUCAUUGGUCCCUCGGGUCUUGGCAAAACGACCACUCGACAGCGGCUUGUUGGAUCCAUCACUAAUCUGUCUUUGCUGCCCGAAGAUCAAAGGAAACGUUGCAGUACAUUACUAGCCGAGUGUGAACAAGUAUUGGCCUUUGUGGACAAAUCUGGAACAAAGCUUGAAUUCAAAGCAUCUUCAAGUCUAGAGGAAGAAACACAGUUUAUCUUCUCCUACCUUAUGUCCUGUGAACCUAUUGAAGACAGCACUGUCAGCGAUACUAGUACACCUAAGGAACACCCCAAAAAAGAAACCACUGACCCAAAGAAGCUAACUCAACUCAAGAUCGAUGAAACUGCUACUGUACCCAAAGAAACGAUGUCACCAACACCGGUAUCACCAACACCAGAACCACCGGAAAAGGUCGUGAAAGUGACCACUGUAGAUGUUGGAAAGGUUGUCUCGAGACUCCAGGGUAUUGUGGGUUCAGGAGAGUACACUAAAGAGCUGCUGAACAAAGUUCUACUCAAUCUGGUCGAUAUAGGUGGGCAGCCUGGAUUCGUGGAGAUGUUUCCUUUUCUAAGCAAAGGUGCAGGGAUUUUCCUAGUAUUCUUUCGACUGGACAAAGACCUCGAUGACAUGUGUCAAGUCUCCUACGAACGAGGAAAAGACAGGAUCACACCGUACGAUUCAACGUACACAAGCAGAGAAACGCUCUCUCAAAUCCUGUCAGCUAUCAGCCACCAUACCAAGAUUGACUCGGAUAUUGACAGAGAGCAGUUUAGUAAACUGGGCUCUGCUAACUUCACUGCCCUAAAGCCUGUUGCUACCCUCAUAGGUACUUUCAAGGAUGAACUGGCAAUGCAAAUCAAAGUCAAUCUUCUCUACGAGAAAUGUUGUGCCUCCACAAAAGCUGUCAGCAAAAGCAAUAGUACCACUGCCAGCAUAAGCGAUAGUACCACUGCCAGCAAAACCACUGCCAGCAAGAGCGAUAGUAACACUGCCAGCAAAAGCGAUAGUACCACUGCCAGCAAAAGCGAUAGUACCACUGCCAGCAGGAGCGAUAGUACCACUGCUAGCAAGAGCCAUAGUACCACUGCCGACAAGAGCCAUAGUACCACUACCAGCAAGAGCGAUAGUACCACUGCCAGCAAGAGCCAUAGUAUCACUGCCGACAAGAGCGAUAGUACCACUGCCAGCAAGAGCAAUAGUACCACUGCCAGCAAGACCACUACCAGCAAGAGCGAUAGCACCACUGCCAGCAAGACCACUACCAGCAAGAGCGAUAGUACCACUGCCAGCAAGACCACUGCCAGCAAGAGCGAUAGCACCACUGCCGACAAGAGCGAUAGCACCACUGCCAGCAAGAGCGAUAGUACCACUGCCAGCAAGAGCAAUAGUACCACUGCCAGCAAGACCACUACCAGCAAGAGCGAUAGCACCACUGCCAGCAAGACCACUACCAGCAAGAGCGAUAGUACCACUGCCAGCAAGACCACUGCCAGCAAGAGCGAUAGCACCACUGCCGACAAGAGCGAUAGCACCACUGCCUGCAAGAGCGAUAGUACCACUGCCAGCAAGAGCUAUAGCACCACUGCCAGCAAGAGCGAUAGCACCACUGUCAGCAAGAGCGAUAGUACCACUGCCGACAAGAGCCUAAAUGAACACGAACAAAAGAAAGCAAUUCGGAACAUUUUGACUCAACUGAAGAGUGAUGAGCCUGCUAACGUCAGUGCAGAAGACAUGGCCGCCAUUGAGCAAACAGUCAGCCAACACCUCAACUCAGACACUUUCAAGAAAGAUGUCCAAGACCGCUUAGAGCAAAAGUUGACAGAGAAAAACGAAGCUGUGAGCAAGAUUACCAGCAAGUUUGAGAAAUUACUUUCAAACCCAAAAGACAAGAAGUUCAUAGCAGUCGACAACUACGAAGGCACUGAUUCUGAUAUGGAACCUCUUCGUGAACAUCUUUAUGGCAUGUUUAGUAGCUAUUUCAAAGAUGCCAAGCUUCGAAUUCGCCCACAACAGCUUUUGUUGGGAGUUGUACUGAGAAAAGAGUAUGACAUUGUGUCUAUGGAAGAAUGCAUUCGUAUCGGUACCGAGGGGUUGAAGAUGACAGAGAAGGAAGUUCGAUUCACCGUUUGGUACCUUGAUCGAUUUGUCGGAGCUUUGAUAUAUCAUCCAGAGAUCAAAGACAAAGAUGGUUGGUUUGGAAACUUUGUCAUUUGCAACCCCCAAGUGGUAUUCAACAGCCUCAGUGUUUUCGUUGUCAAGCCGCUACUGGAGGUCCAUUCUGAAGAGGGCAAUAUUCAGUUCAAUGAUAAUGAGAGAAAAAAUUGGAUACUCAAGGGUCAAUUCUUACUAAAAACAAUCACUCGAUGCCAUUCGGAGGAAAACCAGGGGGUGAAGAAAGACCAGUUGAUCCCUGUUGAGAAGCUGCUGAUACUACUCGAGCAUUCUCACCUUUUGGCCAAAAUCACUACAGUGGAGGAAGACCAUACCACAGAAGAAGUUGAAACGACAUAUUUCAUCCCCGCUAUUCUCAAGUGUGCAUCUCGCGAGGAACUAACGAAAUCACCCCCCACUGGCAUUGAUACACCCUCUCCAAUCAAAAUCACAUUCAAACCCCAAUACGUUCCCAUUGGAGUAUUUUGCGCCAUGAUCAGUGAAUUGGUCUCAAGGGGGAGUACUGGAAUUCUGGGCAUGUCUUGGAAACUUGCCACUGAUACCUCAGUAAAGAGAAAUCUCGUCUCCUUUCACAUUGACGAAUCUGCCAAGCAUUUUGUUACCCUUAUCGCUCUCGUCGAUUGCUAUGAGAUACGGAUUAUUCGACAGGACAGAGACCACACGAUGCACGAGCUUUGUUCCUACAUCCUCUCAACCCUCCUGUUGGUGAUGAAGGACAUCAGUCCACUACUCACUCCAAUCAUUGCCUUUGACUGCUACUGUGGCAAACAUGAAGAUGGUUCUAAGCUUUGUCUCCUCACACCUGGAGCUGAUCCCUGCUUUAAAUGCUGCACCAGCAAAGUCUCUCUGAGUCCUCACCAAGAAUGCUGGUUCGCAGAAGAAGUCAGCCUCGGGGAUGAUGUGUUCCUCCUUGCCCUGCCCUUUGCCUCUAAGCGAGAGAUGAGGGACAACAGCCUCUCUUUCGAGUGGAGCAAGAGAAGACCCAGAAUUAGUGGGACUGAAAAUGAAUUGGAAGUCAAGUCAAAUAGUCACUUCAAUGGCUUUAUCAGUUGUGAGAUCUCCAAGAACCAGAAGCAUUUCUUCACCGUGUACCACUGCCUCAAAGAGAGUGUUGAGAACACCUCCAGCUCUGAAACUGAUCAGCUGUUUGCAGAUGUGAAGGAAGUGAUCAAAGAGAUACGCUCUGACUGGUACAGCCUGGCUAUAGAGCUGGACAUUGACUAUGCAACUAGGAAUAGUCUUGAGAAGGACUAUCGCUGGGUUGAGCCGUGCUUUGAGGCCAUGCUGACACACUGGGUGAAGCGCUCCUCUCCUCCCCCCUCCUGGUCUGCCCUUGUUAGAGCACUAGAGUCUCCCGCCAUUGCUCGUGGGGACAUUGCAGCAACCAUUAAGACAAAAGCUACCAGCGACAUCUCUCCUGAUAUUUGUCAUCUCACUCAUGGUGGACCAUCCGCUAAACGAGUCACUCUUCAAGAACUAGUAGAGCAAUACAAUCUGACUGACGAGCAACUCAACAGUGAAAUAGAUGACCCUGAUACUCCCGAAUUGGCCUUAUGUUUUGAUGAUGUGGAACUUUAUUCAACUGCAAUGGGGCUAGCUAUUGCUGAACAAGCCGAUGUGAACCAAUCACGUGGAACUCAAGCAGCCAUGAUGAAGUGCUUGCAAAUCUGGAAACAACAUAAUCCUUCACAAGCAACUUACAGAGCUCUACUGGAUAUCGCACUGAGAUUGGGGAAAGGAGACACAGCUCAUCAAAUCUGUCAGCAAUUGACCCAACGACCAUCCGCUAAACGAGUCACUCUUCAAGAACUAGUAGAGCAAUACAAUCUGACUGACGAGCAACUCAACAGUGAAAUAGAGGUUCCUGAUACUCCCGAAUUGGCCUUAUGUUUUGAUGGUGUGAAACUUUAUUCGAGUGCAAUGGGGCUAGCUAUUGCUGAACAAGCCGAUGUGAACCAAUCACGUGGAACUCAAGCAGCCAUGAUGAAGUGCUUGCAAAUCUGGAAACAACAUAAUCCUUCACAAGCAACUUACAGAGCUCUACUGGAUAUCGCACUGAGAUUGGGGAAAGGAGACACAGCUCAUCAAAUCUGUCAGCAAUUGACCCAACGACCAUCCGCUAAACAAGUCACUCUUCAAGAACUAGUAGAGCAAUACAAUCUGACUGACGAGCAACUCAACAGUGAAAUAGAGGUUCCUGAUACUCCCGAAUUGGCCUUAUGUUUUGAUGGUGUGGAACUUUAUUCGAGUGCAAUGGGGCUAGCUAUUGCUGAACAAGCCGAUGUGAACCAAUCACGUGGAACUCAAGCAGCCAUGAUGAAGUGCUUGCAAAUCUGGAAACAACAUAAUCCUUCACAAGCAACUUACAGAGCUCUCCUGGAUAUCGCACUGAGAUUGGGAAAAGGAAACACAGCUCAUCAAAUCUGUCUGCAAUUGACCCAACUCAAUAUUCAAAACCGAACCUACUUAAAAAAACUGGAUGAGAUGAUGGCCGACACAAGUGGCACUAUAGAGCUACAUUAUCUCAAGACGUACUUCAUUGGUCCCUCGGGUAUUGGCAAAACGACCACUCGACAGCGGCUUGUUGGAUCCAUUACUAACCUGUCUUUGCUGCCCGAAGAUCAAAGGAAACGUUGCAGUACAUUACUAGCCGAGUGUGAACAAGUAUUGGCCUUUGUGGACAAAUCUGGAAGAAAGCUUGAAUUCAAAGCAUCUUCAAGUCUAGAGGAAGAAACACAGUUUAUCUUCUCUUACCUUAUGUCCUGUGAACCUAUUGAAGACAGCACUGUCAGCAAUACUAGUACACCUAAGGAACAGCCCAAAAAAGAAACCACUGACCCAAAGAAGCAAACUCAACUCAAGAUCGAUGAAACUGCUACUGUACCCAAAGAAACGGUGUCACCAACACCGGUAUCACCAACACCAGAACCACCGGAAAAGGUCGUGAAAGUGACUACUGUAGAUGUUGGAAAGGUUGUCUCGAGACUCCAGAGUAUUGUGGGUUCAGGAGAGUACACUAAAGAGCUGCUGAACAAAGUCCUACUCAAUCUGGUCGAUAUAGGUGGGCAGCCUGGAUUCGUGGAGAUGUUUCCUUUUCUAAGCAAAGGCGCAGGGAUUUUCCUAGUAUUCUUUCGACUGGACAAAGACCUCGAUGACAUGUGUCAAGUCUCCUACGAACGAGGAAAGGACAAGAUCACACCGUACGAUUCAACGUACACAAGCAGAGAAACGGUCUCUCAAAUCCUGUCAGCUAUCAGCCACCAUACCAAGAUUGACUCGGACAUUGACAGAGAGCAGUGUAGUAAACUGGGCAAUCUAGGCUCUGCUAAGCCUGUUGCUACCCUCAUAGGUACUUUCAAGGAUGAACUGGCAAUACAAAUCAAAGUCGAUCUCCUGUACGAGAAAUGUUGUGCCUCCACAAAAGCUGUCAGCAAAAGCGAUAGUACCACUGCCAGCAAGAGCGAUAGUACCACUGCCAGCAAGACCACUACCAGCAAGACCACUGCCAGCAAGAGCGAUAGUACCACUGCCAGCAAGAGCGAUAGUAACACUACCAGCAAGAGCGAUAGUACCACUGCCAGCAAAAGCGAUAGUACUACAGCCAGCAAGAGCCAUAGUACCACUGCUGACAAGAGCGAUAGUACCACUACCAGCAAGAGCGAUAGUACCACUGCCAGCAAGAGCCAUAGUACCACUGCCGACAAGAGCGAUAGUACCACUGCCAGCAAGAGCGAUAGUACCACUGCCAGCAAGACCACUACUAGCAAGAGCGAUAGCACCACUGCCAGCAAGAACGAUAGCACCACUGCCAGCAAUACCACUACCAGCAAGAGCGAUAGUACCACUGCCAGCAAGAGUGAUAGUACCACUGCCAGCAAGACCACUGCCAGCAAGAGCGAAAGCACCACUGCCGACAAGAGCGAUGGCACCACUGCCGACAAGAGCGAUGGCACCACUGCCAGCAAGAGCUAUGGCACCACUGCCAGCAAGAGCGAUGGCACCACUGCCAGCAAGAGCGAUGGCACCACCGGCAACAAGAGCGAUGGCAACACUGCCAGCAAGAACGAUGGCACCACUUCCAGCAAGAGCGAUAGCACCACUGCCAGCAAGAGCGAUAGUACCACUGCCGACAAGAGCCUAAAUGAACACGAACAAAAGAAAGCAAUUCGGAAUAUUUUGACUCUACUGAAGAGUGAUGCGCCUGCUAACGUCAGUGCAGAAGACAUGGCUGCCAUUGAGCAAACAGUCAGCCAACACCUCAACUCAGACACUUUCAAGAAAGAUGUCCAAGACCGCUUAGAGCAAAAGUUGACAGAGAAAAACGAAGCUGUGAGCAAGAUUACCAGCAAGUUUGAGAAAUUACUUUCACACCCAAAAGACAAGAAGUUCAUAGCAGUCGACAACUAUGAAGGCACUGAUUCUGAUAUGGAACCUCUUCGUGAACAUAUUCAUGGCAUAUUCAGUAGCUAUUUCAAAGAUGCCAAGCUUCGAAUUCGCCCACAACAGCUUUUGUUGGGAGUUGUACUGAGAAAAGAGUAUGACAUUGUGUCUAUGGAAGAAUGCAUUCGUAUCGGUACCGAGGGGUUGAAGAUGAGUGAGGAGGAAGUUCGAUUCACCGUUUGGUACCUUGAUCGAUUUGUCGGAGCUUUGAUAUAUCAUCCAGAGAUCAAGGAUAAAGAUGGUUGGUUUGGAAACUUUGUCAUUUGCAACCCCCAAGUGGUAUUCAACAGCCUCAGUGUUCUCGUUGUCAAUCCGCUGCUGGAGCUCCAUUCUGAAGAGGGCAAUAUUCAGUUUAAUGAUAAUGAGAGAAAAAAUUGGAUACUCAUGGGUCAAUUCUUACUGAAAACAAUCACUCGAUGCCAUUCGGAGGAAAACCAGGGGGUGAAGAAAGACCAGUUGAUUCCUGUUGAGAAGCUGCUCAUACUGCUCGAGCAUUCCCACCUUUUGGCCAAAAUCACAACAGUGGAGGAAGACCAUACCACAGAAGAAGUUGAAACGACAUAUUUCAUCCCCGCUAUUCUCAAGUGUGCAUCUCGCGAGGAACUAACGAAACCACCCCCCACUGGCAUUGAUACACCCUCUCCAAUCAAGAUCACAUUCAAACCCCAAUACGUUCCCAUUGGAGUAUUUUGUGCCAUGAUCAGUGAAUUGGUCUCAAGGGGGAGUACUGGAAUUCUGGGCAUGACUUGGAAACUUGCCACUGAUACCUCAGUAAAGAGAAAUCUCGUCUCCUUUCACAUUGACGAAUCUGCCAAGCAUUUUGUUACCCUUAUCGCUAACGUCGAUUGCUAUGAGAUACGGAUUAUUCGACAGGACAGGGACCAUACGAUGCACGAGCUUUGUUCCUACGUCCUCUCAACCCUCCUUUUGGUGAUGAAGGACAUCAGUCCACUACUCACUCCAAUCAUUGCCUUCGACUGCUACUGUGGCAAACAUGAAGAUGGUUCCAAGCUUUGUCUCCUCACACCUGGAGCUGAUCCCUGCUUUAAAUGCACCAGCAAAGUCUCUCUGGGUCCUCACCAAGAAUGCUGGUUUGCAAAAGAAGUCAGCCUGGGAGGUGAUGUGUUCCUCCUUGCCCUGCCCUUUGCUGAGGACCUAGAUCCAAGCCUCUCCUUCAAGUGGAGGAAGAGAAUACCUAGAAUUGGUGGGACUGAAAAUGAAUUGGAAUUCAAGGCCUCGUCACAUGAUCACUUCAAGGGCUUUAUCAGUUGUGAGAUCUCCAAGAACCAGAAGCAUUUCUUUACCGCGUACCACUGCCUCAAAGAGAGUGUUGAGCACACCUCCAGCUCUGAAACUGAUCAGCUGUUUGCAGAUGUGAAGGAAGUGAUCAAAGAGAUACGCUCUGACUGGUACAGCCUGGCUAUAGAACUGGACAUUGACUAUGCAACUAGGAAGAGUCUUGAGAAGGACUAUCGCUGGGUUGAGCCGUGCUUUGAGGCCAUGCUGACACACUGGGUGAAGCGCUCCUCUCCUCCCCCCUCCUGGUCUGCCCUUGUUAGAGCACUAGAGUCUCCCGCCAUUGCUCGUGGGGACAUUGCAACAACCAUUAAGACAAAAGCUACCAGCGACAUCUCUCCUGAUGUUUGUCAUCUCACUCACGGUGAGGGACUGAGUGUGGAUCAUCAUUUGAGGGUAGUGAGGACAGCUGCCUGGGAGGUGAGGGGGACAUGGCAUCGUCUGGGAGAGCAGUUGGGUGUCAAUGAGGGGACACUAGAUGCCAUCAAGAGAGACUAUCCGAACGACUCUGAUAUGUGUUUCACUAAACUACUGGAGCAAUGGUUGACAAGAUCCACCCCCGCCCCCACACUAGGAGCACUCAUCCAAGCACUCGAGUCUCCUGUCAUUAGUUGUGGAGACUUUGCCCAACAAAUGGAAUCUAAACUAACCUAGCUUACAGUAACAGCUCCACUGUAAUAAAUUUAUUGUACUGUGUAGCAUAAUAAAAGAACUCAUCAACACUUUAAGGUUUAUAUUUGGUAAAUAUUACACAGAACUCUUAGUGGAUUGCUUAGUUAAUGAUCUUUAAUUUGCCACUUU